AUGGCAUCAUUUUUACUUGAGCAAUCUGGAGAAUGCCAUCUCUUUGGAGAGUUUGGAUGGCUCAUCCAAGCUAUAUUAGGGAUGAUGUCAUUUAGUUCGUUAAUAAGUAAUUUUCAUAUAGUCAAGAGAUAUACCAUUUUAAUUAAAAAAACAAGUCCUUUAGUCUUUUAAUAGGCCUUUAAAUCCUUUUGCUUAAUAUAAAAUAUUAUUCUCCAUAAACCAGGAUACGUUGAAAAAAAUCGGCGAUCCUGAAAGAUUUGGUUUAUGGACACGUCCAAACAAGCUUCAAGCACCUGUCUCCUACACAGUCUUAAUCUAACGGCAGCUUAUAUUAUUGGGAAUGCUGAAGAAGAGUCAAAUCAAUGCACCUGGUAUUUUUUAAACUUUACAACAGACACUUUAAUUGGGAUGGGAAUUUGCUAUUUAUUUUUAUACGCCCUAGAGUACAUUUUAUCGUUUUCUUCUCUACUUUCCUUUAAAUCUGGAGACUAUGGCUCUCCUCCUCGCUGGGGAUGGUGGGCGUAUCAGCUUUUAUUAUGACUAAUUAUUGCUGUGUCUAUGAAAAUACUACUUGUCGCUAUAAUGAUAAUUUUGCAUGAAUUUUUAGAAGGUGUAGGCGAUUUUAUCCUCAGCCCUUUUGUAAAGUACCCGAACCUUGAGCUGAUUAUGGUUAUGAUAAUAAUACCGGUAAUCCUCAAUUCCUUAAUGUUCUGAAUCACAGAUGGAUUUUUGAAAAAUACCAAAAAACACGAAAAACUUGCAAAAAUAGUAUCGAUUGAGCUGCUUGAAGAUGUAUCGAAAUUAGGAGAAAAAUCCGAAGAAUAA